GGACGCUCCAUGGUCGCAACUACCUCUCCAAGGAGGACUGUCUCCGUCCUCCUACUCGCUGUUCUGCUAUAUGCCGUGAAUACCAUAGCGCAGCAGACGGCUUUUUAUAAAUCGCGGCCAGACAUCUAUCCUCCUUUGGUCAACAUCGAACAAAUAGACGCGGAGAAGGUCAGCCCUGGAUACAUAUUCAUCACUCCAUACGAAGUGGACAAUCCUGGCCCGUACAUCUUUGAUAAUACCGGAGAGCUAGUAUGGAGUGGUUGGGGUGCCUCCGGACCCGGAAAUGCCCAUGGCAUGCACGUAUGCAAAUAUAAAGGCGCCGAUCACCUAUGUUUCUUCCAAGGCAACCAACAAAAAGGAUAUUGUCGCGGACAUGGCGUCAUCUUGGACAACACAUAUCGCAUCGUAAGAUCCGUACAACCUGGCGGUGGAAUGGCCUCGAGCGACAUGCACGAGUUUCUUCCCGUCAACGACGGCAAAACCGCGCUCAUGACCGUCUACCAACAACGGCAAUUCGAUAUGACGCCGUGGAAUAUCAAGACAGGUCUGGGAUGGGUGAUGGAAAGUGUUUUCCAAGAAAUCGACGUUGAAACCAGCAAAGUUAUCUUCGAGUGGCGAUCGCUGGACCAUGUCGACCCGUCCAACAGCUUCACUUGGCCCGCGCACACGGAUACCUCAGGAACGGGGCUGAACGUGCAUGAGCCGUGGGAUUAUUUCCAUAUUAACUCGAUCGACAAGAAUAAGGAUGGUGAUUAUUUGAUUUCGUCGCGCCAUACUUGCGCCAUCUAUAAGAUCUCCAGCAAGGAUGGAUCAGUCGUUUGGCAACUCCAUGGGUCGCAGCCGACGUUCCGCAAUAUCAACUUUAGCUUUUCGCAGCAGCAUGAUGCGCGCUGGUUGUUUGAGAAUGCGACUCACUCGAUAAUUUCGCUCUUUAAUAAUGGCUAUAACGGGUUUAACCAGACUCAUCCUAACUCUGGGGGAAUGAUUAUUCUAAUCGACCACGUCGACAACACAGCCAUCCAGGUCCGCGACUACAAGCCUUUGAUUACUGAUCUGGUCAGCUCUAGCCAGGGUAACCUGCAGCGCUUGCCGAACAACAAUGUUUUCAUGGGAUGGGGUAAUAACGCCUACGUGUCGGAACACGACGAAGAAGGCAAUUUGGUUCUUUGGGCCCAUGUUUCCGGCGACGAUUUGAUGAACUAUCGCGCGCAAAAAUUCGAAUGGGAGGGCAACCCGACCGAUUCACCAGCUCUAUGGGCCUACUCUCGAGCAGCAGAACCCUUCUCCCCAACGACAUUCUAUGUUAGCUGGAACGGCGCAACACGCGUGCAGAGCUGGCGAUUCUUCGGCGCCCACAAUGUGACGGGGCCUUGGAUCUUCCUUGACCAGGUCAAUAAGACGGGCUUUGAAACCGAGUAUAACAACGCGAGCUUCUAUCUCUGGGCUCGCGCUGAGGCCGUUGAUAAGGACGGUGCUGUCCUCGGCGGGUCCGAGGUGAAGUAUACAUUCGUUCCCUCGUCUGAACUGCGCGACUUCUGCCAGGAUGAGACCUGCGUCGAUGCGUCAGGGUUCGGAUUCCCAGGUGAAGAGGAAGCACGCCCGCUCAUCCCACCUGCUGGUGUGAAUACCGUGCCCUGGGUUGAUCCCGAGCACGACGGCAUUACCUGGACCUAUCCGUCCGGAUUCCCACACACGACCGAAGCAGAACCAGGCACAGAUGCCAUAAUCUUUGAGGACAGGUGGAGCACAAGCCGCCUUCUUGGCUGGGGCGCUGUCCUCCUUGUUCUCGGCCCUAUAAUAAUCGCAGUCUACUAUGCGCGUCGUUAUUACCAACGCCAACGGCUGGAUCCGUUGGAUACAGAUUCAGAGGCAUCGGAACCGCUGGGCGGCUACACCGAACGCAAAUCACCGGCGCCAAGCGAUCUUCCCUGGUGGAAUUGGCGGCGGUGGACUGCACAUGCAGAAAUGCGUUAUUUCCCGCUCGUAGAUCGAAGUCCACCACGGCAAUACGAGCGGCACCGAACAGAAUAG